GGCUAACGGGCGCCUCGGGGGAGACGAAUGGGGAACCUCUGGUUUCAGGCGGCUUCAGAUACUUGCGCCUCCACUUUUUCCCCGCGGUAGCCGCAAGGCAAGGAAACAUUCCUCGAGCUUCGGAGGCGUGGGAGAGAAGCGGUCUCGAACCCAGAACCUGAGAGACGGGCUGAGUCUCCUGCCUGAAGCAACUCCAGAAGAGCCAGGGGAAGCGAGGAGGGCACCGGGGAGGGCAGCGGCGGCUCGGAGGUGCGGGACCACGCCGGCCGCGGCCCCACCUGCGAGAGGGCGGGGCCUUGUGGCUCUGGACCAAUCAGCACCCACCUGCGCUCACCUGGCCUCCUCCCGCUGGCCCGGGAGAGCUGCGCGGCUCAGAGGGGCGCCCAAACCUCAGCGCUGCACCGCCCCGCCGUCGCAGCAGCCUUGUCACCCCUCGCUGUCCAGCCAUGGGGCUCGCAGGUGGACCUCUCGCGACCCUCCUUCUCCUCCUCCAGGCGCAGAUUUGCUGGCUGCGGUGCGCAGCCUCUGAGCCGUGCCGGGCGGGCUUCGGGGAGGCUGAAGUGACCUUGGAGGCAGGAGGCGCGGAGCUGAAGCCAGGCCAGGCAGUGGAGAAAGUAGUUUUCGAAGGUUGCCCUGGACAAGAGUCAGCCCUGCCCAGCGCCGAAAAUUACUUCUCUGGGCAGAAUGGCGGCACCGGCCAGGAAAAGAAGGCCUUGAAGUUCUCCCCAUCCAAGCGCAUCUUACGAAGACACAAGAGAGAGUGGGUGAUCCCGCCAAUAUCUGUCUCUGAGAAUGGCAAGGGGCCCUUCCCCCAGAGGCUGAAUCAGCUCAAAUCUAAUAAGGACAGAGGCACCAAGAUUUUCUACAGUAUCACGGGGCCUGGGGCAGACAGCCCCCCUGAGGGCGUCUUCACCAUAGAGAAGGAGACAGGCUGGCUGCUGUUGAAUAAACCGCUGGACCGCGAGAAGAUCGCCAAGUAUGAGCUCUUUGGCCACGCUGUGUCGGAGAACGGCGCCUCGGUGGAGGAGCCCAUGAAUAUCUCCAUCAUCGUGACAGACCAGAAUGACCACAAGCCCAAGUUCACCCAGGACGUCUUCCGGGGGAGCGUCUUGGAAGGGGUGGUGCCUGGCACCCCUGUCAUGCAGGUGACGGCCACAGAUGAGGACGACGCCAUCAACACCUACAACGGGGUGGUUGCUUACUUCAUGCACAGCCAAGAGCCCAAAGACCCUCACGACCGCAUGUUCACCAUCCACCGCAGCACCGGCACCAUCAGUGUGGUCUCCAGUGGCCUGGACCGGGAGAAAGUCCCUGAGUACAGGCUGACCAUCCAGGCCACGGACAUGGACGGGGACGGCUCCGCCACCACGGCCAUGGCCAUCGUGGAAAUUCUCGACGCCAACGACAACGCCCCCACGUUUGACCCCGAGAAGUAUGAGGCGCGGGUGCCUGAGAACACCGUGGGCCAGGAGAUACAGCGGCUGACAGUCACUGAUCUGGACGGCCCAGACUCGCCAGCGUGGCGCGCUACCUACCGCAUCGUGGGAGGUGACGACGGGGACCAUUUUACCAUCACCACCGACCCCGAGAGCAACCAGGGCGUCCUGACAACCAAGAGGGGCUUGGAUUUUGAGACCAAAGCCCAGCACACCUUGUAUGUGGAAGUGACCAACGAGGUUCCGUUCGUGGUGAGGCUCCCAACCUCCACGGCCACUGUGGUGGUCCACGUAGAGGAUGUGAACGAGGCCCCCGUGUUUGUCCCGCCUUCCAAAGUCAUCGACGUCCAGGAGGGCAUCUCUGUCGGGGAGACCGUCUGCGUCUACACCGCGCAGGACCCCGACAAGGAGGAGCAGAAGAUCAGCUACCACAUCCUGAGGGACCCAGCAGGGUGGCUGGCGAUGGACGCCGACAGUGGGCAGGUCACGGCUGCAGGCGUCUUGGACCGCGAGGAUGAACGGUUCGUGAGGAACAACAUCUACGAAGUCACGGUCUUGGCCACGGACGACGGGAGCCCUUCCACCACUGGCACCGGGACCCUCCUGCUAACACUUACCGACGUCAACGACCAUGGCCCAGUCCCUGAGCCCCAUCAGAUCACCAUCUGCAACCAAAGCCCUGUACCCCAAGUACUGAACAUCACAGACAAGGACCUGUCCCCCCACUCCUCCCCUUUCCAGGCCCGGCUCAGUCACGACUCGGACAUCUACUGGACAGCAGAGGUCCAUGAGAAAGGAGACACGGUGGCCUUGUCCCUGAGGAAAUUCCUGAAGCAAGACACAUACGACGUGUACCUGUCCCUGUCUGACCACGGCGACAGGGAAGAGCUGACGGUGAUCAGGGCCACCGUGUGCGACUGCCGCGGCCACGUGGACACCUGCCCCGAGGGCUGGAACGCGGGCUUCGUCCUCCCUGUCCUGGGGGCUGUGCUGGCUCUACUGCUCCUCCUGCUGGUGUUGCUCUUGUUGGUGAGAAGGAAGCGGAAGGUCAAGGAGCCCCUCCUGCUCCCAGAAGACGACACCCGCGACAAUGUCUUUUACUACGGCGAAGAGGGUGGCGGUGAGGAGGACCAGGACUACGACAUCACCCAGCUCCACCGCGGCCUGGAGGCCAGGCCCGAAGUGGUUCUUCGCAAUGACGUGGCCCCGACCUUCAUCCCCACCCCCAUGUACCGCCCUCGGCCAGCCAACCCAGACGAGAUCGGCAACUUCAUCGUGGAGAACCUGAAGGCGGCCAACACGGACCCCACGGCGCCGCCCUACGACUCCCUGCUGGUGUUCGACUACGAGGGCAGCGGCUCGGACGCCGCCUCCCUGAGCUCGCUCACGUCCUCCGCCUCGGACCAGGACCAGGACUACGACUACCUCAGCGAGUGGGGCAGCCGCUUCAAGAAGCUGGCCGACAUGUACGGCGGCGGCCAGGACGACUAGGCCGAGGCCUCGGACCCUGUGGGGCAGGGGCCUCAGCAGCUCGGACGUUCGAAGGGUCGGGUCCUGAGCCUUCCGGGGUGGAAGCUUCUGGACGACGUGGUCUGGACACCGCGGCCGAGGUCGGGGUUGGCUCAGAGGCCACGCCUCCUUCAGGCUCUCCACCUGCCACAAAUGCCGUCCAUGCAGGACCCUGGAGCAGCCUCUGCACCUUGGAGGCUGCUUCUUGCAACCUUUUUUUUUUUUUUUUUUUAAUGCUGCCGUCAGAGUGAGAGGCGGGCGCUCUGCGGUCCCCAGAGGCCCCGCCUUUCUCCCCGCCCCCAGGUCCAGGCCCGCCCCCAUGGGUGGACCACUGCAUUUUUCACACCGUGGGUCUAGGUUGUCCUUUAUUUUCUAUUUCCCCUGUCAUGUGCUGUAGUGGAAGGAUGAUGACAAUCGUGUAAAUGUACUAGGACUAUUUUAUUAAAGAAACGUUUCCCAGA